CCGGGGCGAGCGGCCGGGAUGCGGUGCGGGAAGAUGGCGGCACCGUCGCGUCCUGCAGCCGGGGCGGCGGACGCUUGGGGCGGCGUGCGGCGGCGCUGCCAGCGGCUGCUCUACUGGGUACCGGUGCUCUUCAUCUCCAGCAUCCUCUGCUGGUCCUACUACGCCUAUGUCACACAGCUCUGCCUGCUGACAAUGACAAAUAUUGGAGAAAAAGUUGUGUGCCUGGUUGCUUACCACAUAUUUUUCAUGCUGUUCAUCUGGUCAUAUUGGAAAACAAUCUUUACGCUACCAAUGAAUCCGUCAAAAGAAUUUCACCUAUCAUAUUCAGACAAGGAAUCUCUAGAGAGAGAGCCUAGAGGUGAAUCUCAGCAAGAAGUCUUAAGACGGGCAGCCAAGGAUCUUCCUAUCUAUACACGGACAAUGUCUGGAGCAAUCAGAUACUGUGACAGAUGCCAUCUUGUAAAACCAGAUCGUUGCCAUCACUGUUCUGUAUGCGACAAAUGCAUUUUGAAGAUGGACCAUCAUUGUCCUUGGGUGAACAAUUGUGUGGGAUUCUCCAAUUACAAGUUUUUUCUUCUCUUCUUGGCUUACUCUCUACUGUAUUGCCUUUUCAUUGCUGCAACAGAUUUACAGUAUUUUAUUAAGUUUUGGACAAAUGGCCUUCCUGAUACUCAAGCCAAGUUCCACAUCAUGUUUUUAUUCUUUGCUGCAGCUAUGUUUUCUGUCAGUCUGUCUUCUCUCUUUGGGUAUCACUGUUGGCUUGUCAGCAAGAAUAAGUCUACAUUAGAGGUAUUCAGAGCUCCCAUAUUUCGUCAUAGAACAGACAAGAAUGGCUUUAGUUUGGGCUUCAGCAAAAACCUAAGACAAGUGUUCGGUGAUGAGAAGAAAUACUGGUUGCUGCCUGUGUUUUCAAGUCUAGGGGAUGGUUGCUCCUUCCCAACUUGCCUUGUUAAUCAGGAUCCUGAGCAAGCUUCCACACCUGUUGGUCUUAAUUCAACAUCCAAAAGUGAGAACCACCUGUUUCCUGCAAAGCCAUUGCGUGAUUCGCAGAGCCACCUUCUUACAGACACACCGACUUGGUCAGAAACUAGUGGAAAGCCUGAAAAAGGCAAAGUUGGUAUGACCAAUCCCGCGUUAACCAUGGAAAAUGAAACCUAGUUGCCCUUAAAAGAAAUAUCUGAAUAUAUAAGGAAAGUUCAAGAAAAUGCUGUCGUUGGAAAGAAGAUACAUUCUUCCAAAUAUCAGCCCUGUGGCCAGCUGCUCCUGUCUGCUGUGUGGAUGUGCUCAGAAAACAAACUGACAGAUGUCUACCUGUCUCCAUGUUACUGCUUGAAACAUGAAACUAAACAUACUACUUCUGAACCAUAUAAAGAACGUUUCAACUUCAAAAUUACUGGGUUUUAACAGUCCAUGUUCUUGCCUUGGUUUUGCCAACUCACCCGUUAAUUCAAAUUGCUUUAAGUAGUUGACCCUAAAAUCAAAUCAUUGCAUUGCUGGCUUCACAAAUUGGGAGAACAGCCAGUGUCGUUUACAAAUAAUUUAGCGACUGGUGGACUCUAUUUUCUUGAGUGUUUGAUAAGCAGUUUUUGAACAUAAGGAGACCGAGAUGAAGCAUCUGGGUAUUUUUGGAAAACAUUAUUGCAAAAGCUCUGUUUUAAACCAAUAGUUUGAAAAGUUGCGGGGGCGGGUGGUUAAAAAGUGGAGCAAUAAAAAGCCUGCGUUCAGAUGCCUCAUACAUAAAUGAAGCUGGCCAGCUGGGGAUUUUGAUGAGAGCUGCACAGGACAGUGCUAUGAAUUGGGAAUUUUAUUGUCCCAUCUGGAGUUGUUAUCCUUUGGGAUAUCAACUAGUUGUUAGUUGUUUUCCUUUGCAAAACAAAUAAUAUUGGCACUUACUUAACUUUGAUCCAAAAGGCUUUUUACCAACCUGUGUUCCUGAGGGCCGCUGUGUUGAAAUCCUCGCUUCUUCUUAAUCAGUAGCUGUCUCAUUUGUUUUUUCACUUGUUCUGUAGGACACUGCCUUUCUUACUGCAUAACUUAAUAUGUAUGUAGAAUCAAGGAGACUUGCCGUUAUAACUUACAAUAUUUGCAUUUACAGGACAAUGGACAUUUGAUUGCAAUACCAAAAAGCCAAGCUGCUGCAUGUAGGAAACCCCCCUGGAAUUAAGUUAGGAGCUAGCAGCUUUCUUAGGAUCAGAGUUGACCUGCCAGAUAACUAAAGAUGCAUUAUCCACUUUCAAAGUCAAGGAAGUUUCAGCAACAUAAAUCUAAUUGUCUUGUGCCUUUUGUAUACACUACAUUUAGAGUAUCAGUGUUUACAUUUAAAUGCAAAUUGUUAUUCUGAAAACAACUUCAGGAGGAACUUAAUUAUGCUUUCUAGGUGGUUGGAUAAAAAGACUAGUCCGGGGAGGAAAAAAAAGGUGAAAUUCCAUCUCUCAGACUUGAGCUCAGUUCAAUUGAAGCAGAAAAGAACUUCUGCUAUCAAACCUGCAUCGCUUGGCAAGUUGGUUCACAGUGCAAGAUGCCAGUUGUUUCUUUAGAAAACUGGCAGCAGGACUAAGUGACAGGGUUCUGAAAGCAAAAAUCUUACUCAUUCUUCUACAGGCAGGUAGCUUCAGAAUUUGCUUUUCCUGCGUUUACAACCUAAGUGAUAGCUGUUGGAGCACAAAUGUGGCUUUUCUUUUCUAGUGAGGAAAAAAAUGUAUUUAUUUUACCUCUCUUCUUUUUUUUCUUUCAUCUCAAAAUUUUACCAGCCUGAAAACGUUUCUUGCCAGAAGUGCCAGAGUAUGGAUCCCUUGAUAUAGAACACCUUUUUAUUUAACUAGCAUGAAGGUAGCAUACAGUUUACAUGAUACCUGCAGACAUCUAGCAACCAAAAGUUUUUCACAGCUAUUUAUUCAAUGUUGUUCUGUCAGCUUACCUUGUAUUUGUGUUUGUUUAAAGGGUAAUUUGUCAAAGGAUAAGGGGGAGAGGGGAAAAUAUAUUUUUUAACACUUCAAGUUCUCUAGCUGUAUAGUCUUGUUUUUUACGCAGUUACUCACAAGGUGGCUUGCCAUGGAGCAUGCACUUGAAAAUAUUGAGUAAAAAGUUGAAAUUCAGCUUCAGUGUAACUUGCUCCAUAUUUUUACGUUGUAGAGAUUUCUUUCCCAGCAAAACACAAUGGGAACGGGUCUCUCUAAUACAGACAUCAGUGUCCCUGACCAUGUCCAGGUUCUGAGAGUUCUCAGUAAGCCUGGGGAUCGGUGUAGAGAAAGGACAGGGAUAAGGGAUUGAGAAAUGCCUGGCUUCUCCAUGUCUCAGAAGUCAUGUUUAGAAAGCACAACAGCCCUAAAUAAUCUGUAGCUUUGAUGUAGUCAGAGGUUGUCCCUUUGCCACCAAACUGAUGAAGGCAUGGGAAACGUGCUGAUUACAAGAAGAGGAGGGGUAAUGAUGGUUGCUCAGAGGCAAAUGUUCAGCAGAUCUGAGCCAAAGGGCUGUAGCCACACAACCUCUCAGAAUGGGUAUGAGCUGUGCCUCCACGAACAGCACUGUCAGCAGGCUUUUGAGGGUUCCUGGCAGUUCUCACAGUAAAGAGUAUGGACAAAAGUGAGCUAAUCAUGCUUCAAAGUAUAAUUUUUGAUAUGACUGUAUUCUUGGCUUUUAGCUCUCUUAAUACUUUCUAUAGUGAAGUGAAAGUGGUAAGUUUUUGACAUACUGUCAGUGAGCGUUGAUGCUGUUACAAUGCAUGCAGGAGGAUUUGUGAAUAGGUAAGGGGAGUGAGGAAGCACUGUUGUUUGUCCACUUACACUGAUUCUCUUGUUCUUUAUAUUCUUGCCAGGCACUUUACUACAGCCUUUUGUGUAAUUUCUGUAUUUUUUUCAAAGACUGCUUUUUACCUACUGUACAGUUACUAAUCUACUUUUUUGCUAAAAAGAAAAUAAUAGCCCUGGUAUUUGUCUAGCAGUAUGACUGCAUUUCAAGCUUCAGAAGAAGUUGGAUUGAGUUCUACAGACUUCCAGAUGGGCCUGAGUCCCUAAUGACAACAGAGUUAAAUUUAUUUUCUGUAUAUGUAAACAGUCAUAUGAAUCAUAGCCCCCCCACAUGCAUAAGAAACUUCUUUAAUUUCUAGGUUAGAACUAAUCUGAUACAUGUCUGCACCAGAAGUGUUUCACACAUAGUCUACAUCAGCUGAUGUACGGGUGAUGGAGUGCUCCAAGUCUUCACAGAUAACUAUUUUUCUUAAGAAAAUGGAAAACCUAGAUGCUGGUGAGCUCUUCCCACUGAGCACCUAGGCACGGCUGCUGCUAUGCACUUUAAUUCGUUAAUGUGAGAGAAAAAAACAAGUUUAAGUUGCAGAUUGAAAGCUAUUUAGUAGCCUGAACUGUGGGCAGGUAAUGAAUGAAACACUGGUACCAAUUUUAGACUGUUUGCAUACUUAAAAAUCAGGGCCUUUAAUCAAGAUUUCAGGAAGGUUGGAGGAAGCAAGUUCAGUUUAAGUGCACAAUGGUACACGGAGCUGUUAAUCAACAUUUGGACUGCGAGUUCCUGCCCUGACUCAGUUGACUGGUGUGCUGGGGGGCAAUAUAUUUCUAUGUAGAUUUAGUGUAUAACUUUGCCACUUGUUCAUGUAUUGCUCACAUAAAUAAAUGCUUCAUGUUCAGCAAGUUCUGUACGUAGUAGUCAUUUGACACAGUACCUUCAGUUUUACUGUGUAUGCGAACAACAGAAGAGCACUCAUCUCUACUGUGGCUCCAUUAAACAAUGGAGUUGCUGUAAAUAUCCCCCUUCACUGCAGAUAUUUGACUUUUUCAGGUAAGAUUUCUUUCCCUGGUUUAAUUGGUAGAUCCAUAGUGGCUCACAAAGCACCUUAUAUUGAAGGAGGGUAAGAGGGAACCAAAUCUUUUUUUGGUCUUUCAUGGGUGAAACAUUCCAUGCCUUCAUAUUGGCAGCACAGGUACAGCUGCACUCCUUUGGAUACUGUCAGAGGUUAAAAAGGCAGGAUUCUUUCUUAAAAGAGGCAUUCUUAAACCUUCCUUA